CACAAGGGACGUCCAUGCUGGUGAGAUGACCCAGAGGGCUGGGGCUGCCCUGCUGCCAUCAGCUGUGCUCCUUCUCUGUGUCCCAGGCUGUCUGACUGUGAGUGGCCCCAGCACCGUGAUGGGCACCGUGGGGGAGUCCCUGAGCGUUCAGUGUCAGUAUGAAGAGAAAUACAAGACAUUUAACAAAUACUGGUGCAGACAACCAUGCUUGCCAAUUUGGCAUGAAAUGGUGGAGAUCAGAGGGUCUGAGGGAAUGGUGAGGAGUGACCGAGUGGUCAUCACAGACCAUCCUGAGGACCUCACCUUCACCGUGACAUUGGAGAACCUCACGGCAGACGAUGCAGGAAAAUACCGAUGUGGGAUUGCAACAAUACUGCAGGAAGAUGGCCUGUCUGGCUUCCUGCCUGAUCCCUUCUUCCAGGUUCAAGUGCUGGUCUCCUUGGCCUCCAGUACUGAGAACUCUGUGAAGACACCUGGAUCUCCCACCAGGCCCAGCCAAUGCGAAGGGUCCCUGCCCAGCUGCGCCUACUUCCUGCUUCUCCCACUCCUGAAGGUGCCUCUGCUCCUGAGCAUACUCGGUGCUAUCCUCUGGGUGAACAGGCCUUGGAGGACUCCUUAGACAGAGUCCAUGAACAGGAGAACUUGCCACACCCCACGCCCACUGGAACCCUGUCCAGAGACACAGCCCCUCUGACUGCAAAAAGGACUUCUGACCCUGACCCUAUCGCUGGAUACUUUUUUAAAAGUUAAAAAAAAUGUAGGCCGGGUGCGGUGGCUUACACCUGUAAUCCCGGCACUUUGGGAGGACACUUAACAUGAGAUC